CAAAAGGAACGAGCUGAGAUUGUUGUUGUCAUUCUCGUCUCGCAUCAGCAAGGAAAAGUCGCAAACGCGAUUUUAGGUGAGUUUUUCUUCGAUUUCGUCCGUUGAAAAACUGUCCAUUUUGUGCUGAAAAGUUCACCGGAGGUGACCGGCAUCUCCUCGCACUGGAUUAAAGCGCAGUCACUGGUUAAAUCAUCGCGAUAAUCCUCGCUAUAUUUUGCAUCGGUUCGAUCCAAGCCUUCCGCAGAGAGAGCUAAAGGACCGAUUGAGCCCAGGAUUCCGACUUUUGCAUCGGAAGGUACGAAGCGGCUGGAAGUUCCUGUCCCAAAAUGGUGAAAAGGAAGACACAACCAAUAAUCGAUUCCGAGAGCAGCAGUGAUUCUGGUUCCGGGUCGGAUCUUGAUUCGGAGCUACUAUCGUUAGCCAAGAAAAAGAAAACUGCAAGAUUGGCAUCAAAUUCUCCCGGAGGAAAGUCAUCUGAUUCUGAAUCGGAAGAUGAUUCAGAGCCUGAGGCAGCGGUGCAGCGUAAGAAGCGAGGGGCAAAGCCGGCCUCCUCCUCGGAGUCUGAAGACGAAGAAGAUGAGGAAGAGGAUGAAGAAGAUGAGCCAGAAGAGGAGGUGAAGCCUGCGGCCAAAGUGGGUUUGAAGCGUAAGCCACAAGAUGAGAAAGAAGAAAAGGGCGAAUCAGAACCCGAAGAGGGUCAAGUAUCUUCCGAGGAGGAAUCGGGUUCCGGGUCCGGCGAUGACAGCGAUGACGAAAGUGGAAGCAGCAGCAGCAGCGAUUCCGAAUUCAAUGACGGGUACGACGAUGAGAUGAUGGGAGAUGAAGAGGAUCGCGCCAGAUUGAAUGCCCUGUCCGAGAAAGAGCGUGAGACUGAGAUUUUCAAACGUAUUGAGCGGCGCGAUGUCAUGAAGACGCGUUGGGAGAUCGAACGGAAACUGAAACUAGCUAAGAAGGCUGAACGCGCAAAGGACAAGGAAUCGCAACCCCCAAAGAAGAGGAAGAAGAAGGACAAGAAGAAGAAAUUAGCCCAGCAAAAAGAGCAAGAAGAAAAGAAGAAAAAGGCGAAGGCACCGUCUCCCGAACCGAAGGAACCAUCUCCGCCGCCUCCCGUGCAGGUGGAAGCACCUUCCGAGGGCGAGGCCAGCGACACCUCUCAGUCAUCACCGGAAAAAUUACGAGAUGCUGAAUCGGCUUCUGGUGGUUCGGACUAUUUCGAUCCGAAGGAACGUUCCAAGGAACGAAAGAAGAAUGUGGAAGCCAAUCGAACCGAUGACAAGCGAAGCAAUGCCAUGGCUAUGUUGAAGGCGAAACGAGAGGGAAAAGCUAAGCGUGAGGAAGAAGAAGCUAAGAAGGAGGCACAACGCAAGGCCGAAAACGAAGAUAAGGACGAUUCAGAAGACGUUUCCGGUGGUAAGUCUUCGCAGAAACUCAAAGCAUCGGAUAUUUAUUCGGACGAUUCAGGAAGCGACAGCGAUGACGAGAAAAAGUCCGACCGACGAUCCAGAUCAAGUUCCAGCAGUGGUAGCGGAAGUGACAGCCGAUCCGCUUCCGACGAAGAAAUGUGGGACAAAGAUAAGGAUGCGAAGGAAAAGAAACCCUCUUCGAGUUCGUCGAGUUCUAGCAAAAAGCCAACCGCGAUUGGGAAUAAAGAAGAACUCAACAAGCUAAGAAUCUCGCGACACAAGAUAGAGCGCUUCAUUGCACUCCCGAUGUUUGAUCAGAUCGUGCUCAACUCUUUCGUUCGUAUCAAUAUUGGAAACAACAAUGGCAGGCCGGUAUAUCGAGUGGCAGAAAUCGUGGGCGUGGUGGAGACCGCCAAAAUCUAUCAAUUCGGAAAGUGUCGUACUAAUAAAGGAUUCCGAUUGAAGCACGGCAGCCAGGAACGGGUGUUCCGAUUGGAGUUUAUCUCCAACCAGGAUUUCACGGACAGCGAGUAUCAGAAAUGGUUGAGCGUUUGCGAAGCCACCGGCACCCCGCUGCCUUUUAUCGACGUAAUCGAGAGGAAGCAGCAGGAAAUUAAGGAAGCAAUCCAGUACGAGUUCAAGGAUGCGGACAUCGACAAGCUGAUCGAGGAGAAGAAUCGUUUCCGGGCACAUCCAACUAAUUAUGCAAUGAAGAAAACGCUGCUGAUGAAGGAGCGCGACGCAGCUCAGCUGCGUGGAGAGGACGAGCUGGCCCGUGACCUCAACACUCAAAUCAUGGAGCUGGAAGAGCGUGCCAGCACCCUGGACAAGAAGCGGAGCAGCAGUAUUAGUUUAAUUUCGUACAUCAACGAUCGCAACCGGAAGCGUAACGUGGAAGAUGCUGAGAAGGCGAUCAAAGAGGAAAUUCGUGCCACACGCGGCAUGAAGAUUGAAGAUCCGUUCACACGACGUCAAACUCAACCUCGGAUGUCUUUCAAGGCGUCGGAUAAGAAGGACGAAGUUCCUACCAUUCAGAUGCCAGCACCUCCACCGCCCGGUCAGAAAAAGAAACCAGACGAGAAAAGGGCCGCGUCCAGUGCCGACAACAACCUGUACUCGUUGCAUGAUUUCGAAAUCGAUCUGGACGUUCCUCUUCCUGUCGGCUCGGUCAAUGUACUUCCGAAACCUGUUGAGAAGCCGGUCAAAGAAUCCGGUCCGAAGCGGUCGCUCAAUCUCGAAGACUACAAGAAGAAACGGGGUCUCAUCUAGAAUAAUACUAAUGUUACCGAACAAGACAACUAUCGGUAUUCUCUUACUAUUAUUCUAUAUUCUACAUUACUAAGUAGUAACAGAAUAAGUAGCAGCAUUGGAAUUCGCGUCAGGCUGCAUCUGGUCUGACAGAGCUCCACCCACAGACAAAACACAGACACACAUACAUACAGGACACAUUACCGAACAGUUUUGUAAUGCUACAGCCUGAGACAAAAUGGUAUAUAAUAAGCACAAGCAGAGGUGCUUUUUCAUUACUACACCAUUCGCAUGAUUUACAUCGCCACGAUCAAGGAAAUGCUUGAAUUGAACAAGGAUAUUACGGUUACAACCACAAUCCGGUGCGGAUUGCCACUGAACAAUAGCAAAACUAUUACGUUGAUAAAUUGUAUCCCUUAGUCUGUAUUUUAUUUUAACUUAUUUUCGUCAUCACCUCACGAUAUCAACGGAUGAUGAUAAUGCUAAUUGUGUAGGAUAAUAAAAUUACUACUGCUGGGAGAGCGUAAUACACAUACUUAUGUAUAAGUUCAUUGCAGAAAAAAAGCGGACGAGUCGAAGGAAAAAACAAAUAUAACAAAACUAUAAUGUUAUAACCUA